AUGUUAUUCAAGGGCGCAUUGUUGGCUGCGGCCACGUUCUCUCCUUCGGCCUUGGCGGCUUUUGGCGCCACUCAGAGUGGUGACAACAUCGUUGUCGACGCUGGCGCAACCAAUCCCCUCGUCUUUACCGUCAACGCCAAGAGCUGCGAUAUCACUUCGAUCAAAUACCGUGGAGAAGAGCUGCAGUCGUCAGAGAAGGGAUCGCACAUCUCAUCAGGGUUAGGCACUGCAACUGUCAAGUAUGAGACGAUUAGCAGCCAAUACGUCAAGGUUACAUGUACAACCAGUACCUUGACGCAUUACCUCGUUGCCAAGUCCGGCGAAGCGACGAUAUACAUGGCGACGUAUACUACUGCUGAGCCCAGCAUUGGCGAACUACGAUUCAUUGCUCGUCUCAAAAGUAGCGCGCUGCCGCUAGAGUACCCCUUUGGCGUCGUAUCAACAACUGUUGGUUCGACAUCGACAGUGGAAGGAUCAGAUGUCUUCGUAGUAAGUGGUCAGACGCGAAGCAAGUUCUACUCAAGUGAGCGCUUCAUCGACGACACUACACAUUGCGUAUAUCGCGAUGGUAGCGACGCAAUACAUGCCUGCUUCCUGAUGAACUCCUACUCCUACGAAGGCUCCUCUGGUGGUCCGUUCCACCGCGAUAUCAACACAAAUAACGGUGGAGACUACACCUCGUUGACCUUUUACAUGAACAGUGGCCAUGUUCAGACGGAGAAAUUCCGUCAGGGUCUGCACGGCCCGUAUGCCCUAGCCUUUACUCGCUCUGGUGUACCAGCAGGUGGCUCCAGUAUGGAUACUACAUUCUUCAAGGACCUCGGUAUAACAGGCUACGUGGCUCCAUCUGCCAGGGGUACAGUAUCCGGGACGGCAACAGGUGUUGGCUCUAGCUUCCAACGGGUAUUGCAUUGGUACAACGAUGCAGCCCAGUACUGGGCGUACGCUGAUAGCAGCGGCAAAUUCACAUCACCAGCAAUGAAGCCUGGUACUUACACACAGGUGCUCUACCAAGGCGAGUUCAAGGUUAAAGCCGCCAGCGUGACGGUCUCGGCCGGAAAGGCGACCACUGCCAACAUUGCAGCGGAUGCCGAAACUAAGACUUCCAUCUGGCGCAUCGGCGAGUGGGAUGGUCAGCCAAAGGGCUUCCGAAACGCAGACAAGCAACUACGAAUGCAUCCAACAGAUUCGCGCAUGGCAUCCUGGGGUCCGUUGACGUACACUGUUGGCUCCAGCACCCUUGACAGUGUUCCAAUGGCCAUCGUAAAAGACAACAACCCCCUCACCAUCAAGUUCUCGGGUACUUCUACUACUGCAGCGACUCUUCGUAUCGGCACCACACUCUCCUUCGCUGGCUGUCGUCCUUCGGUUGUGGUGAACAGCUUCAAUGCCGCUACACCUGCUGCACCAACAAAGAUCGAUUCACGUGGCUUGACUCGAGGCGCGUAUCGGGGCUUCGGCGAGGUCUACAACUAUGAUAUACCGGCUGGCACGUUGAUUAGCGGAAGCAACACCAUCAAAAUUAGCUGUACGAGUGGAAGUUCCGGCGAUGGCUUUCUGGCUCCAAAUGUGAUUUUGGAUGCGAUAGAGCUGUUCAAGUAG